AUGUCGGUGCAGUAUAACCAGACUGGCGCCAACUAUAAUCACAUCAAGAAGCGAUCCCGCGAUAUGGCCCAAACCCGCGACGAUCCUUGCAAAGCAGUCGAUCAGGGAGCACGACAAGUGGUGGGGCUAGACAUCUCCCCCGUUAUGGUCCAAGUCGCGCAAUGUGAGCAUGAAUGGGACAGUCGCUUUGAGUUUCGUGCCACAGAUUGCAGCAAACCCUUGGAGGUCGGAAAGUUCGACCUUGUCCUCGCCAUGUUGUUUCUCAACUAUGCCCCUACUGCCGAGGAUCAAUUAAAGAUGUGGCAGAACAUCAUGUGUAACUUGAAGCCCGGUGGUAGAUGCAUCGGAAUCGUGCCUAAUUUCGACUGGCUCAACAGUCUGUCUGUUGCUGCUGCUGACGAUGAUGAUGAUGACGAUGAUGAUGAUGAUGAUGAUGAUGAUGAUGAUGAUGAUGAUGAUGGAGGACGUUCAGCUGAUGAUAUGCAGUUCCUCGAGCAUGUUCCAGAUGGCGUGCAAUACCGUUUUCUUUUUUGGGGAUCAGGAUCAGACUGUCUCGUUUGA